AGCUGCAGCAGCAAAUCGAGUAUUAUAACGACAAAUUGUUGAUUCAGUAUUAUCAUGAAUUUGUUGUUAACUUCUAGUGGAGGCUCGACUGUAUCGUUUCAACUAUCAUUAAAAACGGCUACGCAGUCUCGAAAUUAGCAAACUAAAUAAAUGAAAUGAAUAAAUGAUUCAUGCAUGGCAUAUUUUGAUUUUUAUUCCAUGUCAAAGUUAAACCGGGUGAUUUUGUAUACCUGGGGACCAUUUGGACCUCAAAUUGAAUUCUCUAUAUCUUUCGAUUCUGAUGUUUUAGAAUAUUCAUCUCUUCGGCAAAUUUGUUCGAUAAGUCAUGCGUCAUCUGGCGGUAGAUUGGUUAAUUCGUGGAGCCUCGUAGCCGUGCGGUUAGGGUCACCAAGCUUCUAAUCGCACCAUGCUAUGGGGUGAGGGUUCGAUUCCCGCUCCGGGCGAUGAAACUUUUCGUGAGGAUAGUUUCUUCCCCGUAUCCACUGGUGCAUGCUCCGUGUGUCCCUUGUCUAGUGUUAAGUUUCAUUCAGUCUGUGCAGCCUCUGGCUGAAGACGGUGUCCGCGUCUUUUUAGAUUGGUUAAUUCGAAAUGUCCUCACUAGAUGACGCUAUUUGACAUAAACAAUUUAGUAAUAUAAUGUCUUCAAACGAAAUUAUCGGAAGAUCAAGAGCUUGUAGAAGCAUCUCGUCUUCGGGAAAGUUGCUCAGUAAGUCGAGCGCUUUCAGAUAAUGGACCGAUUGAUUCGAAACUCCACCACUGGGUGGUGCUAGUGAGCAUGUAUAUUUUGUAUCUCAUAUAUCACUGGAUCCUUAUCACUUAGAAAGAUGACGCCUUCGAGAAAGUUGUUGUGUUUGUCAAUUACUUUCAAAUGAUGGGCCGUUUGAUUUGAAACUCCACACAUAGGUGGCGCUAGUGAGCUUGCAAAUUUUACAUAUCAUAUAUUUCAAGAUCCUGAUCACAUAGAAAGAUGGUGUGUUCGGCAAAGUUGUUUCAUAGGUUAAGAACUUACAGAUGAUGCAAAAUUUGAUUCGGGAAUCCACACAUAGGUGGCGCCAUUGAGUAUGCAAAUUUUAUACUUCAAAUAUCCCAGCGUCCUAAAAACUCUGUUACCUUCUCUACUAUCUUCAGCAAAGAUGUUUGGUGAAGGUGAGUCGAGAAUUUACAGAUAAUGGACCGUAUGAUUCGAAACUCUGUCACUAGAUGACGCUAGGGAGCAUACAAAUUUUGAAUCAUUUUUACAUCAGGAUUCAGAUUAUUUAGUAAAAUUGAAAAUAAGUUGGAAGAACUUACAAUUGAUUAGUCGUUUUACUAUGAAUUUUGGUCAUAGGUGGCGUCAGUGGGUAUGCAAUUUGUAUAUCUCAUAUAGCACAAGAGCCUGCAAGUCAUAAUCCCAGUGCACAAUUUCUGCGCGCACUCAGAAAAAAAAACACCACUCAGUGCACACGCAGAGUGUUCACAAGGGGCUGUUCAAAUAUUUUUAUGCACCAAACGCAUAACAGUGGAUCCCAAAAAAAAAGCUAAGAGACAUCACAUCUUGUGAUAUCAGAGACAAACAGACACAACAAUAACACUAUUUCUCACCCAAAUAUCUCAGGGUUUUAAUUGCUUAGACUCUUCUUAGAGUGUUGGUGUGCUCGGCAAUACUGUUAAGCUGGUCAAGGACUAACAGUUGAUGGGCCGUUUGAUUCGAAAUUUCACUAAUAGGUGGCGCUAAAGAGCCUAUAUAUUUUUAAUCUCAGGACGCUGGUUACUUAGCAAGAUGGUUUCCACGGCAAAACUGUUUGGUAAGUUAAGAGUUUACAGUUUGAUUAUGCAAAAUUUCAUCUCUAGGCGGUGCUAGUUACAACUUUAGUUACAAAACGGUUGCAAAUGAUUAGGAUUUCUAAAAAUGUAUUCAACAAGCUGUAACUUUUUUCUCUUCAGACAAAUUUGAAUCCAGUCAAAUGGUAAACAAAGAUCAAUUUAUUAGUCAUACCUUUUCAAAAUGUCAUCAAAUUUGAAUAACUUAAGCCUAAGAUAUGGUAGAUUAUUGGACUGCAGUGAAAUUAGAAGAAUUUUACAAGAAACACUUCAACUUCACGUAGAGUUUACCUAUCAAGUCCAAAUUUGUAUCAAUCAUAGCUAACUAGUUGAGGGUCUUGCAGUCAAAAUUUGGUGCACUUAAGAAGUUAUAGCUUGUUUAAAAUUGUCUGGCUAAUAAUUAAAAUUUAUAUGUUUUUGUAAAUUUGCUACUAGCGCCACCUAAAGACAGAAACUUGAACCAAAUAAUUAUUCACCUUGAUCUUCUUAACAGCUUUGCCGAAGAUACCAUAUUUAUAAAUAAUCAGGAUCCUGAGAUUUGUAAUAUUUAAAUAAAAUGGGUAAACUUGAAAGUAAUUGCAAUAAAUCCUGAGAUAAAUGAGAUAUUUAUUUUGUAUGCUCGGUACCGCCAUCUACAUGUGGUGUGGAGUUCCGAAUUAUACGGUCAAUUAACUGUAAGUCGUUGAUCUACCCAACAAGCUUGCCGAAGACUCCAUGUUUCUUUGAGCUUAGAAUCCUGAAAUAUAUGACAAAUACAAUUUGCAUGCUGACCAAUGUCAUCUACGUAUGACGUAUUUCCAAAAUUAACGGCCCAUGGUCAGUAAGUACUUGGCCUACGCAACAAUUUUUCCAAAUACUCCAUCUUUCUAAGUGAUCAGAAUCCCGCGAUAUAUGGGAUAUAUGGAAUGGGCGUGCUCAGUAACGUCACCUAUACGUGGAGUUCCAAAUCAAACGCUACCUACACCUGUAAGUCUUUGACGUACCAAACAACUAAGCAGGAGAUAUCAUCUUUCUUGGUUCUCAGGAUUCUGAUAUAUGAAAUAUAAAAUUUGCACGGUUAGUUGCGCCAUCUAUAUGUGAAAUUUUCAUACAAACGGUCCACCAUUAGUAAACACUUUAUCUACCUAAUAAACAACUUUGCUGAAGACGUCAAAAUUCUAUGUGGUCAGGAUCUUGAUAUAUAUGUGCUCAAAUAGUGAAUACUUACAUGCUCACUAGCGCCACCUAUACAUGAAAUUCUGAAUUAAACGGUCCAGCAUCUGUUAGUCCUUGAUCAACCCAACAACUUUACUGAAGACACCGGUAUUCUAAUAAAUCAGGAUCAUGCGAUACAGAAGAACAAAUUUGGGGUCCAAAUGGACCCCAGGUUUCCGAAAUGGACCAUCAUUGAGGGUUUCCUGUAGAGGGUUAAUAAACCCGAAAAUAAAAUAAUGGCAAACAGUUCUUGUUUGACAUUCGAGGUCAACCUUAAUAUAACGAAAGUGGAACAGUGGCUUGCAAAAGACAUUGGGUCACUUUUGACAACAAAUGUUCCUGUUUGACAUGCACGGUAACCAAAUUUACCCAAAAUUGUGUGCUAAACAAAGAGUGAAUUAAUAAUAAAAAAAAUGUUUCAUGAGCUUUACCUAAUAGUAAGAGUAAAUAUGUCGUAUUGAACAAUGCUUGAUCGAUUUAUGCAGGAAUUGAGAUAGGCCUUUAGAAGCUCAUUAUCCAAGUACACUAAGAUUCAAUCUGAUCGAUUUCACGAUUCGACUAAACACGAUAAAAUUGAAUUACCCAUCAGCGUUAAAAUGGCAACAGACCUUGCAACAAAUUUCACUCCAAAUUCACGCACAAAUGCCAUUCCCUAAUCCACAUCCCAUUCCCAAAAGAUCCAAUAAGACGAUAACACCACCAUCCCGAAGUAAAGAGUCAUAAACUAUGUAGGAUAACCGGAGCGCAGAGACAUAGAGAGAAAGUGAGUGGGAGAUAACAAGACGCUGACUGUCGUGUGUCUUGUCUGAAUCUGCAGUGGCAUACGUUUUCCCCAUACCUAGACUAGAUAGCCUAGCCUUCCCAACAUUACUCGAGAGAGUUGAACGAACAGAACGUCUUAAUCCCAAACACAGAAAAGCGAAGAAUUUGUCGUUUCCCAUGUUGAUCCGCCUCCCAGGCGUCCUGUUUCUGCCUUCCACCCACUCGCAUCCGAUGGGAAUUAUUAGCCGAGGCAGUUCAGUGUGUGUCCUCCUGUUCAUCAGGAUUUCACGGUUGUCCGAACUUGGUGAUGCCGGAACAGCCAGCCAGCCAGCCGGGAAAUCUUGAUCUUUAUUUAUUCGGGCGCACCUCAGUAGGCGUUGACUCUCGUCCCGGGUGGGGAUUCCCUCUCUGUCAGGUGCUGCUCAUGUGUGGGACGUGGAGGAUGUGUAAAUUCAGCGUGUAGUACGGCCUACUUUGAUGCCACGCAGGGAGGCGUUGAAUUUACGACUGCGGAUUUCCGUUGAACGUUUGUUCUUCGAAAGCUUUCGAAUAAAUCGUUUCUAAUUGCAUUUCGUAGAGGUGUGUAGACACGCGGGGUGGUGGAAGAAGUUCCCGGUCGGAAGCGGAAACGGAUGAUGAAUGCCUGGUACGUGUCUUAUCACGGUUGAUUGAACGCUGAUUGCGCUUCGAAAGUGGUGUGAUUGAGCUAAUAAAUGUCACCGCGACAAAGCAAGGGCACGACAGUGUGGAAAGUGGUUUGGUGUAUUGACUUUCACAUGGUGGCUGCUGCCUAGCGCAGCAGGCCGUGGAAGGAAUGCGCGUGCCGCGGCAAUCCCAAACAAGGUCAGUAGAGCAGAGGUUUGCCAAACAUGCUUCGCUGGUUCGUUGGAUGUUUUUGGAAAGAACGUGCCUGUCGAAGACUUGACCAGUCAUAAAUAACAAUGCGCUUAUCGAGACGGGCCAUCAGUUUACGAUGGCGCAGUUCGUGAGCAGCAUUAUCGUUGUUUGGACUUCGCUAGUGUUGUCCGUUUCGGCUCAGUAUCUCCAGAAUGAAGCUUUGCUACAGGCUCAGGCCACGUGCGUUGAAUAUCUCGGUAUACCGGAGGCCCGUUUAGCGCAGUACAACAUCAGUGUUUAUCCACCGGAUCGCGAUACCAUGUGCAUGAUUCGUUGUGCCGGAAUCAUUCUUGGGUUUUGGGAAGACGAACAAGGUCUGCUCAUAGACGGAGCGAAACAACUGUUCCCGGAUUCCUGCGACGUUGAACUAGUGGCACAAAAAGUUCUGCACUGCGCUGAACGAAAGCUGCUAUCGUGUGACCCCUCGGAUGCUUGUGCCAGAGCCUACUACUCCUUCCGUUGUGCCAUGCGCAAGUUUGAACUAUCGAGCUCUACCUCAUCCUCAGGCCAAAAGCUAACCGCAGAGAAGUUUCUGAGGGCACAAUACGUCUGUGCCAACACCCUUCGUAUUCCUCAGGAUCACCUGAAGCUGUACAAUCAAGGCGUCUAUCCGGAUAAUACGGAAACUCGCUGCCUGUUCCGAUGCAUCGGAAUUCGCCUGGAAUUGUACAGUGACGCCAUGGGACCGAACCUGGAACGACUCCACUCCGAGUUUUCUGUAGAUCAACCUCUGAACGAGUUCAAAUCGAGAGCCGGCUACUGCUUCGAAGCCAAUCGGCCCUUGAUUUUGGACCAUUGCACUGCUGCCUACCGAAACCUGUAUCUAUGCUUCCGAGAGCACUUUAACGCGUUCACCACUCAGAAUCGCCAGACGCUACUGAGUCAUUCACCCAGUCCACAAACCUGCCUUGAUCUACAGUCCGACCUACUCCUGUACGGGGAUGACGUUUGAGCAAUAAAAACCAACUAUCCCCAGUCAAUGUUUCCUCAUUUCAAUUCGCACACGUGACCUUAUUCCGCUUCGUCCGUUUCCUCAUUAGCCUUAUAUAAAAAUAGCCCUCCCAUCCAACUC